CAUUGAGACCUUGUGUUUCGUCGCAAAUCGAAUAUUCCGAUCUUUCAAUAUUUUUGGAAACACGAACCGAAUAUCGGCGACUUUGAUCGAGAUCGAAACAAUGGUUGAAUCGGAGAAAACGAAACACACAUGUCUCCAUCUUGAAAUCUCCGGCGCCGAUCCAAUUUUCGUCAAAGGAACAUGGUAUCACUCUCGUUUCGAUAUCUCCGUCACCGAUGGCUCCUUCACUUGGACUUGCAAUGCGACGGAGGAGGAGGUAGCGGAGAGAGCAGCAAUGGGACCAGCCUGUAUCUGAGUAUUUAGAGCUCGCCGAGCAAUACUUAGGGUUUCAGCAGCCUAAUUCGGUCUAUGGUUUCUCCGAUGCUAUUGAGGGAUCUAAACGGCUCUCUUGGACGUUUGAGAAGGAAGGGACUAAACUUGAGUGGAGGUGGAAAUGUAAACCAUCAGAUGAUAGCAAGAAGAUCACUGUUAGGAUUUUGGAUUUUCUUAUGGAGGCUAACAUAAGGCUAAGUGAAGAAGUUGUGAACAAGACGAGAUCGUUUGAGAAGAUGAAAAGUGAAGCUGAGAGAUGUCUCGCGCAAGGUGAAAAACUAUGCGAUGAAAAAACAGAGUUUGAGAAUGCAACUUAUGCAAAGUUCCUUUCUGUUUUAAAUGCAAAGAAGGCGAAACUGAGAGCAGUAAGGGACAAAGAAGAUUCAGUGAGAGCAGUUGAGGAGGAAGAGUCGACAUACAAAGCUGAAAGCUUCGAGAGUGGAAGAAGUGAUGAUGAGCAGAGUGGGGAAGAAGCGUCAGAAAAGGCAACAAGCAGCAAAGCCCGUGGCGGAAAGAGAGCUGCACGGAGCUAAGACUUAGAGAUUCCCCUGCCUUGAGAUUUCAGGUGGGAGAUUCCAUUCAGUGUUUUGUGAAUCUCAUAGCUAGGAAAUGAGAGUUUUCGUUGAAAAAUCGCUAGAAUCUGUAUUGCUUGUGAAAGAAAAUGCAAUAGACUUGGAGAUAAAGUAAUU